AUGACACAGCCUUCAGUCUUCACUAGUCCAUCUCAUCCCACUCAUGUUUGUCUUUUAAAAAAGGCUCUCUAUGGUUUAAAGCAGGCUCCUCGCGCCUGGACUUCUUCAACUGUUACUCUUUUUCUUGUAUAUGUUGAUGACAUUUUGGUUACUGGAAAUAGUUCUUCUCAUAUUCAAUCACUUGUUGCUCAAAUGCAUACUGCCUUUGCCAUGAAGGAGCUUGGGGAUAUUUCCUAUUUCUUGGGUAUAUCUAUACAAGCUUAUGGUAAUACCUAUUUCUUAUCUCAACACAAAUAUGCUUUUGAUAUCCUCAUUAAAGCUGGUAUGACCACUUGCAAGCCCUUCAAUUCCCCUAUGUCAGUUAAACCUUCUCUUGGUCCAGAUUCUGCUCUUCCAUUUAAUCAACCAGAGCUUUAUCGCAGUGUUGUUGGUGCACUUCAGUACCUUACGAUCACCCGGCCUGACUUAUCUUUCUAUGUUAACCAAGCUUCCUUCUCCGACUCGAACUGGGCUGGUGAUGCUCUCGAUCAUCGCAGUUCUUCAGGCUACUGUGUGUAUCUUGGGUCCAACCUUAUUUCUUGGUCUGCUAAAAAGCAACCAACUGUCUCAAGAUCCUUAACCGAAGCUGAAUAUCGCUCUCUCGCUCACACCACAGCUGAGUUUACUUGGUUAACCAUGUUACUUCGUGAACUUCAACUUCACUCUCCUAUUCCUCCUAUCCUUUGGUGUGACAACCUGUCUGCUAUUGCCUUGGCUUCCAAUCCCGUGUUUCACACUCGGUCUAAACACAUUGAAGUGGAUUGUCACUUCAUUCGUGAAAAGAUUGCUACCAAACAACUGCUUCUCAAAUACAUUCCUUCUCUUGAUCAGAUUGCUGAUAUCUUCACAAAGCCUCUCUUAGUUUCACGAUUUCACUACCUUCAAGCCAAGCUUUUGGUCUCUCCCUCUCCCAUCAGCUUGCCCGAGGGUGAUAAGGAUUCUAGUGCAGAAGCAACAACCACAGCUUCAGCUUCUGAUAUGGCUACUUCAACAUUCAAGAACAGAGCUUCAACUGCAGUUCCAUAUAGUCAGUUAGGAAUUGGUUAG